UUCCGUAAACAUGCCAACGUCACAUCCGCUUAAAUACGCAUGAAAAAACGCAGCAAACGCUGUAUUUAUUUCGUAUUAAGCGCUAUUUCCAUUCUACGUUUUAGCGCGUCCGUCAGUAUUGAAGUGCAGAGACGCACUUUUUAAAGUACGUCUGUAUUAAUAGCCUCAGUAAUGAAGGGCCCAAGUGCAGAGACUGAGGUGAUCGAGGACGCACCUGUUGACCCUAACAAUGAAGAACUCCCACCUUACCUGCGUGAAGAACCACCUGAGGACUUGGAGAAAGACCACCCUAAGACUGAAGCAGGCGUGGUGUGGAGAGUGACAGGCGGGCUGUUCAACCUCACCAGAGGAGCGGUGGGUGCCACCCUUGGGGGAGUGGCCUGGGUAGGCAGCAAGAGCUUUGAGCUGACCAAGACGGCUGUGACGAGCGUUCCUGCAGCUGGAGUGGGAUUGGUCAAAGGCGGUGUCUCCGUGGUGACGGGAGGUGUCGGGGCAGUGGGGUCUGCAGUGGCUGGUAAAGUUACACCAAAGAAAAAAGACAAGUCGGAUUAGACUCGCUGACUCGCUCCCACCCUUUGUUCGAUUCGGUGUGUCUGUGGUUGUCUGCCUGGAUCAUUCUCACUUUCAAGAGUGUUGGAAAGCAAGGUGGCAGGUUCAUUUAGCCCAUGGGAAAAUUACUGGUUUGGAUUCACCAAAUACAUCCCUACCUAGUUAAGUUAAUGUGAAGAACUGCAACAUGGUAUAUAAAUACACUUCUAGCAACAUUAGAACGCUACUGCAGAGGUACAUGAGAUAAUUGGGAUCUAAUGCCUUUUGUUUGUUUAUGUUUGUCUGUACUUGUGUAUUUUGAGUGUGGACUGAAUCUGUAUUAUUAGUGCGACAAAGACUUACUUUGGGAUAAAGAGGGAUCAAAUGCUGAUAUCAGACAUUCUUCAUUAAAUCGACCACUUCUUACAUAGGAAAUGUUAAAUACUAAUAUA